GAGACCCAAACCCGAAAGUACAUUGGGUUGUACCGGUUCUUUGAAGAUUUACUAACCCCGACUCGAACCCAAUAGAACCCGAACCGAAUUUUCAUAUAACCCGAAUGAGGCUGAUUUUGAUAAACCCGAAAAACCGAAACCCGAUUGGACUAAACCGAAAAUCCGAUUGGGACCCCAAAUGCCCAUGCCUAGUUAUUGGAACUAGAAUUUGGAAAGAGUUUAGUUAUUUUAAAAAUUGACAGAUUUUUUUAAAUUUUGUAGAUUUAACAAAUAUUCUCCAAAUUUCUGUCAAAUAUCUUGUGUAAGACUAAUUCCUGAUUUCAUGUGUGUAAUUUUCUGUUAAUCUAAUGUAGUUUCUACUACACAAAAUUCAAUACUAUAUUUAUGUAAUAAUUUUCCAAUAAAUACAAAGUCUCGACCACAAACUUUAUAGUUGCCACAAUCACAAAGAUCACAACUUCCUUUUUUUUUGGUUUAUGGCAUCUCACACAAAGUAAAAUUGAUCACCAAAUCGCAAAACAAAGCUAAACUUGCCAGUUUCAUGUAAAUUCAAACUUUGAUUCCAUACAUAAUCAAAAGGAAACAAAAUAAUAAAUCUUGAUCAAAAUAUUUAACAAAAUAAAAAGCAUUAAUCGCAGAGCCUUUAUUAAAUAAUACAUUAACCUCCACUAUUCUCAUUUGUCUUUCGCCCUACUCCACAGUCUAUUACGUUUUGACAUCAUCUAAUGGGAAAUCGUCGACUUUUCAUCGCUCUUUUCUGUUGUUUUUGCUUACAACAUAUCAUCGAAGCGUACCACCAACAAGUGUUCGUAGAUCAAUCGGGUCAUUCAAAUUUCACGAAAAUACAAAAGGCUAUUGAUUCGGUCCCAGUCAACAACCGCCAUUGGUUCUUCAUCAACGUUGCAGCCGGCCUUUACAGGGAGAAAAUAAAGAUACCCUAUGAUAAACCGUUCAUAGUAAUAGUUGGAGCUGGAAAGAGGAACACUAGAGUUGAAUGGGACGAUCAUGACUCGGUUGCACAAAGCCCUACCUUUGCUACUGUCGCCGAUAACACCGUCAUUAAAAGCCUGACAUUCGUGAAUACGUACAAUUUCCCGAAUAAAGGGAAAGUGAACAGAAACCCUAGGAUCCCUGCCGUGGCGGCGUUGAUCAACGGUGAUAAAUGUGCUUUUUACUCGGUAGGGUUUUCUGGAGUUCAAGACACCUUGUGGGAUGCUGAUGGCCGACACUUCUUCCACCGCUGCACUAUCCAAGGCGCCGUUGAUUUCAUAUUUGGUAACGGCCAAUCUAUUUACAAGAAAUGCGUGAUAAACGUGCUAGGAGCGACGCUAAAACCGGGGGUAGCUGGUUACAUAACGGCUCAAGGACGGAUCAACCCGUAUGACGCUAGCGGAUUUGUGUUCACGGACAGCCUCGUUUACAGAUCGGGGAAGGCUUUCUUGGGCAGACCGUGGCGCAGUUACGCUCGAGUGAUCUUUUACAACACAGACCUGACCGACGUGGUUGUUCCCCAAGGUUGGGACUCAUGGCACUUUAGGGGCCAUGUAUCUCAGCUGACGUUUGCAGAGAUUGGAUGCUAUGGGAGUGGAUCAAAUACGGGGAGACGUGUGAGCUGGGUUAAGAAGCUGAGUGGAUUCAGUGUUCAAAGUUUGAUUAAUCUCGACUUCAUUAACAGUGGUGGAUGGGUUCAAGCUUUGCCCAUUCCUGUUUGAUUUAACAUUUUUAUGUUUAAGUUGUUUUUUUUUAGAUUUGUUUUUAUCAUUUUCCAGGUUUUAGUUUGCUUAAAUGGAUUUAGAGUUUAUCUAGUUAUGCAUAAAAAGUAAGUAAGGAUAAGCAAGACUUACGAUCGGUUUUAAGGAUUAAUUUUACAUAUUAUUACAUACUAAAUAUCAAAAGAACGACGAUGGUUCGUUGUAAGUAUGUAACAUUAAACCUGGACUUAUACUUUGAAGGUAGGAUAUAUUCCCAUAGCAAACACAAGCAAUAGUAAUGAAGUUGAGAUUGUUGUCACUCCAACCUCCGAACGUUCCUUUGACAUUUUUUCUGGUUCUUUAAAAAUAUCCUAAAAUUUAUGUUUAAACACAAAAUUAACCCUAUAUUAUAAUAUUUUUCUUGCUAUAAUUCAUCCUAAAAGUUUAACUAAUUCACGCAAAAUGCUACUACCUAUCUUUUUCGCAUCAUACUUAAACAUCUUCAUCUUCAUCACUUAUUUACAAUUGUCUUCAAUAUCACCAACUACCAUUAACAACCAAAAACAAGUUUUAAAUGUGUUAGAAAUCAAUUUAUUCAUCUUUUAAUUACAUACAUAAAUCAUUUAUCUUGCAAAUUGUCUCUUAUUUCAUUUUUAAAACUCAAAAUUUUGGAUUUCAAGAUUAUAUUUUCAUUAAAGUUGCCCGAGUUUAGUGAGUUUUGGUCAAUAACGAGUGUGUAUCUUUCAUUAGGAAAUCUUGGGUGUUUGGAGAAACUAAGCAUGAACUCUCACUGGAUCUAGGUAUGAUUUCUACUGGAAACAUAUUUGAAAAAAAAAUUGUGAGUUUUUAAGAAGUUUGCUAAUUGAUAAACUAUAAAAUUAAAUGUUUUAUUAUUUUUUUGGUCAAUUGCAAAACUGAAAAACAUAUCUAGAGAAGUUUUUUGGGAAGUCUUAUGGUCAAUACAUAAGUUGGUUUUGCAAUUGACUAUUUUAAGAAAUUUUCAUAGAAGACUUUUCUAGAAGUCUACAAGCUUUUCUUUGUAACAAAAAAAAAAUUAAAUAGACUUCUCGAGAAGUUUCCAAAAAGCGAGAUUAAUUUUGUAAUUGACCAAAUUUUUUUAAGAAAUUUGACUUUUUAUGGAAGACUUCUAAAAAAGUCUAAUGUGAGUAGAAUUAUUGAGAAGUCUUCUAAAUGUCACAUAAAGUCACUAAAAUAUUGCAAAAAGUCUUUUAAGAUCAGUUUUACAAUUGAUAAAAAUAAUAAAAUAUUUAAUUUUAAAAUUAAUUAUUUAGCAUACUUCUGGAGUAGUUUUCUCAUAAGAGACGUUUCCAUAAGUAUACUUUAUUUUUAUUCCGAGAUUUUAAUCAAAAAAGUCUUGCCAUAUAAGACCUCUAACAAAUAUUUCUCUUAUAAAGUCAAACAUGAUCAAUUGAAAAUUAAGAUACGUUUGCGACACUUUGAAAACUUCUUGCGACACUUUGAAGACUUCUUGCGACACUUUGAAGACUUCAUGUGACAAUAAGAAGAUUUCUCCGGAAGUUUACUCACAACAAACUUCUCUAAAAAUCUUUUAUUAAAAAGUUAAUUUCUGUAAAAUUUUGUUCAAUUGCAAAAUGAACCUGAUUCUGAUAGUAAAUGUCUUCUCUGGUAAAAUCAAAAAUUUAUCCAAUUACAAAAGUAACUCAAUAAUUUAUAAAUGAUGAAUUCUCAAGAAUUCUACUAAUUGAGUAGACUUCUCAAGAAGUAUUCUUUGCUAAUUUCAAUAAAUUUAUAUUUUAUCCAAAUUAAAAAUGAAAUUUGAAGAUUUUUUGUUCGUUCAUGUAUAUUUAUCAAUUUUUGAACUCUUGAAUGAAUUUUAUAAAUUUAUUGUAUAUAAUGAUGAGGUUAACAAUAUUCUUGUUUAUUUAUAUGUCUAGCUAAUGAGAACAGGCUUUUCUUUGAUAACUUUUUUUUAAGAUGAUGUUUUAUGUUUUGCUGAUGUGCUUUAAUGUCAAUUUUACAGAUUGGCUCAGUUACAAAAGAUUACUAUAUAAUUUU